UACGGUAACGGCGCGUGGUGAUGACGUAUAUUGUGUGCGUCAGAUUUGGGUCUGUGUACAAUUCAAUUCAACGUUUAAUUUUAUGUUGAUUUGCUGAGAAUCAACUGUCUUAUUGCUCUCUCUAUGUCCAAUAUUACCACUCUAAAACACUGAAAUACAUAUAGUCAAUUCUGUUCAAUAUACACGGUAGCAGGGAAAGAACUUCAUUGAGAAGUAUCAGUGAACAAGUUGCGAUGUAACAGAGCAGAAUACAUAUUCGUGGGUUUGAAGUUUUGCCCUAAUUCGUGUUUUUUUAAGUAGCUCUAGUUCUAUACAAACUAGCGGUACAGCUGUUCGCUUGUAUAAGCAGUGUCGUCAGCUUACAGUGCGGUAUUUUUUUUUUUGCCAACUUUGUCUUGCACGGAGAACCAUGGCUGCCAACCCACCCGGACAAGGAUUCCAGAAUAAGAACAGAGCUGCAAUCCUCGCUGACCUGGAAAAAGAAAAGAGACGUUUGAUUCAAAGCCAGUCCAUGAACAACCCGGGAGCAAGUAUACCUCUGGCUCGGCCGGCAGUCAACAAUCUGGUGCGUGAUCACGCGGAGCAGCAGCACAUCGCCGCUCAGCAGAAGGCAGCGCUGCAGCAUGCGCACGCCCACUCGUCCGGCUUCUUCAUCACGCAGGACUCAUCGUUUGGCAACCUCAUCCUGCCCGUUCUGCCGCGACUCGAGGCCGAGUAGCAAACGACAACAACAACAACAACAACAACAACAACAACAAACAUGUCUACUGGAUGGGGUGGGGGUGGUGUCUGGGUAAAGGCUCUGGGUAGGUCUUUCCAAUAUCCUAACUCCCUUCCUCUACAAUUGCUUGUGGCCUGGUGAUGUCACAACACGUCAUUGACGACAGAAGUUUAAUUCAAUGUCUCACAAAAUCACGUGUGAAAGGUGGUUUUCUCAUUUGUAUUUGGGGUGUUGAAUGGGGGAAAGUUUUUCUGGCUAGGCUGACAGCGGGGAAACUUGAUUGUUUUCUCCACGGAGGCGGAGCAUCAUGUGAAGGGCCACAAGCCACAGGCACAGGUGGGGGACGGGAGUCAGGAUAUUGGAAUGGGCCCCUCAGGUGGGGCAUGGGAGUCAGGAUAAUGGGAAGAAAGUCUAAUCCUGCCCCCUGGUGGCAUGGAGGGGGAGGGCAACAGAGCUGUAACAGAGAAUAGUUACUUGUUAUGAUUUGACUAAAUCUGAGGGGUAUAGUAAGAACAUGGUUAAGUGAUAAGCCAGACUUAGUUAACCUACAGGAAGUGGUAAACCUGAUAAUAGAUGUACCUGCAGGCAUCAUUUAGUUAAGAAAAUGAGGCUCUUCUAUUAGAGGAUUUACCUCUUAACCUUAAUGAACCUGCUUCUUAGUAUAUACACCCAGAGCCUCACUGCAGUUACUGUUUAUGAUUUGUCGACAUCAGGGCAGCAUGUGGUCAUGUGCAGAGUUUUGGUUAAUUGAAAGUUAAGAAAUAAUGUUUGUAAUUUUGUAUUUUACAUUUUUUAAAAAAUAAAUUGAAACUAAAUGCAAACAUCAACACAAUCGCUGUGUUUUUUUCACCCCUGUUGGAACAGUUUUAAGCCACUAUCAGUGGUUCUUAACCUGGGGUGGGGGCACCCCCUGGGGGUGCGCCAAAGACUUCAGGG